AUGGACGCCUUUGAAUACAACGCCAAUCCCGGCCGGGUCAUCUUCGGCAGUGGAACGAUUCAGAAACUCCCCGAGGAGAUCGCCCGUCAGAACUUGAAGGCGCCGCUGGUGCUCUCGACCCCGCAGCAAGUCAGCCAGGCGGAGAGCGUCAAGGACGUGCUCAAGGGCCAGGUCGCCGGCAUUUUCAGCGAGGCGACCAUGCACACGCCCACGCAUAUCACCGACAAGGCCCUGGAGUAUGCGAAAGCCCAGGGUGCCGACUGCGUCGUGUCCAUCGGCGGUGGAAGCACCAUUGGUCUGGGCAAGGCCAUCAGCAUCCGCACCGGACUGCCUCACAUUUGCAUCCCGACCACCUACGCCGGUAGCGAAAUGACUCCCAUCCUGGGCGAGACGGCCGACGGCCUGAAGAAGACUCGCUCCGACCCUAAGAUCCUGCCGGGGACUGUGAUCUACGAUGUCGACUUGACGAUGACGCUUCCGGCGGCCAUGAGUGCGACCAGCGGUGUCAACGCCAUUGCCCAUGCCGUUGAGGCCCUCUAUGCGCGCAACACUAACCCGGUGAUCAACCUAAUGGCACUGGAGGGUACCCGUGCCCUGGCAUCGUCUCUCCCCGAGAUUGUCGAGAACCCCUCGUCAGCGUCGGCCCGUUCCUUGGCUCUCUACGGAGCCUGGCUGUGCGGAACCUGUCUCGGCAGUGUGGGCAUGUCCAUCCACCACAAGCUGUGCCAUACCCUCGGUGGGAGCUUCAACCUUCCCCACGCGGAAACCCACACGGCCGUCUUGCCGCAUGCCAUCUCCUACAACGCCCCCAACAUCCCCGAGGCGAUGAAGAAGCUGGCCGAGGCACUCCCCGACAGCAACGGCGACGCCAUUCACGGACUGAACGUUCUGUUGUCCAAGCUCAAGGUGAAGCGCGGUCUCAAGGACUUCGGCAUGAAGGAGGAGGAUAUCGACAAGGCCGCCGAUAUUGCCGUGAGCAACCCCUACUGGAACCCGCGGGAGAUCAAGCGCGAGCCGAUUCGUGAGUUGAUCCGUCGUGUGUGGGCUGGUGAGCCCGCUACGGCCAACCUCUAG